ACAAGAAGCCUCUACGUUAUUCGGCGAGUUCGAAGGAUCGUCUGCAGGAUACGCAGCGCCAUACACACUCUCCGACGACUCGGACACCGCCUUGACACCACUCGACAUGGCCACCUUCGCUGACACGAUGGGGUCGUCGCGCGAGCCUGCCUCCCCUUCACAGCCAUCCCCGCACAUGGGCUACACCGAGCUCUCGCUUCCACCUGGGAUACCCGUGGCGAGCGACCUGUUUGCCCUCUACGAUGAACCUUUUGCCCCCAACUCAUCGUACGAGGAGCCGUUGGUCCCAAUCUCGGGCUUCGACGACCCAGACGACUUGUUCGCGGGGACACGGUUCGGGAACGCGUAUUGGAGGAAUGGGGUGUAUGUGGGGGGCUUUGAGUUUGGUGGUUCGUCGGCGUACUGGGAGAGCAAUUAGAAAGAGUUUUCGCGCGGUUCUAACUCCGCUUGAACACCCUGAUCAGGGCCUCUUCGACCUCACUAUCACGCACAUCAUUCACAUCGGGCUACUGGGACUCGAAUUAGAAAGAGUUUUCGCGCGGUUCUUACACAGCGCACUACUCGACUGCUACAUCGCCUUUCGUGUUCCCUUCGUGUGGCAUAUUCGACCUCACUACCAAGCACAUCAUUCACGUCGCCCUCACCGCCACGCCGACACCAAGACAUGUCUCCCAAACCAUCCACGUACGCUGCAGUCACCGAAGAGGCAAGAGUUUACAAACCCCCUUCCCACCCACCAACACUACCGCUACAACCGCC